UUGACUCUCGACACUAACACGACAGGACCAUCACAUCGCCAAAAUGGGACCCAAGGCCACCACCAAGACCACCAAGACUGGCAAGCAGGCCAAUGCCGCUGCUAAGUCGGCCCUCCGCGGCUCGUACGCGAACAAGAAGCGGGCGAUCAGGAAGAACACCAGCUUCCACCGCCCCAAGACCCUCCAGCUGUCUCGCGCGCCCAAGUACCCCCGCAAGUCGGUUCCCCAUGAGCCUCGCAUGGAUGCCUCCAAGGUCCUUAUCCACCCGCUCAACACCGAGUCCGCCAUGAAGAAGAUCGAGGAGAACAACACCCUCGUCUUCAUCGUCGACGUCAAGGCCAACAAGCGCCAGAUCGCCGCUGCUCUCAAGAAGCAGUACGACGUCAGCUGCGUCAAGAUCAACACCCUCAUCCGCCCAGACGGCUCCAAGAAGGCCUUUGCCCGCCUUACCGCCGAUGUCGACGCUCUCGACAUUGCCGCCACCAAGCUCGCCAUCGUUUAAGCGACUUGUUUACGUAUAGGCACGAGAUACUUGGGGCUGGUUAUACCCGGCAACGGAAAAGCGAUGUUAUGCAUCAUGGCGGCGUUCAAGGAUACCAAGUCUAGGAUGACUGAAUGAAUCUAUUCCCACAUGAUGUCACUAC